UAAAGCCGGAAGGAUGGCACAGAAUUUGUCGUUCUCUAUCGCCAAUAUUCUUCGCUCGGACUUCCCUCCACCUUCUCAGAUCAGACAAGUACCGAGGUGUCUUUACUUAGAACGUCUAGCUGAAAGCAGAAAUUUGCCAUACGUCGCUCUGAGAUGCCAACUAGAUCGACGAGCUAGCUUCUGUAAUGAAACAGAAUUUUUUGCCAGAAAUUAUUACAGCGCGCACACAUUUCCUGUAAUAUCAGAGAAGGAUGCCAAGAUUCAAAACUCUGGUUAUAUCAGAGAACAACAAAGAAAGAAAGAUAUAUUGGCAGCUAACGGAAAUAAAAAGAUAGAGGAAGGUAAACGGAGCAGUGAACUGACUGGCACUGCUGCAAAAAGUGCAGUGAAAAAGAAACGGAAUCGAAGCCAUUUCACUCAGGUGCAGCUUAAGUAUUUGGAAGACGUAUUUACCCGCCAGCAGUACCUUACACGCGACGAACGCGCUCUGCUGGCGACUGCUUUAAACAUGACGGAGCUGCAGAUAAGAAACUGGUUUCAGAACAGGAGAUAUCAGUUGAGGCACCGAGGAUUAAACAGAGCCAGACAGGUUCCAGUCAAAGUACUGGUCAGCAGUAGUACAGGGCAGGAUUCUGAUGAUCGUAGCACGUGAUGUGCACGAGAUCUACACGUGGUGUUCAUGGGAUCUUGAUUCUGGGCUGUUUCAGUCAAAUGGCGACAACCUUUUUCUCUUCUCUGGAUUUGACUGAGGACUUGAGACUGCUUCUUCGCCAUAUUGAAUUAUCUUUGCAAGAAUUACUUGCUCUCUUAAAAUAUUUCUGAUUUAAUCAAGUUUACUUAGGUCAAAAUCAAUUAACGUUGAUGAAAACUUGAUUUAAAUGCAAGAUUUCCCAUCUUAAUGUUUUUGUCGUAGUGGGUCCUUCUAAUUAAAAGAAAUGAGAAGCUUGCUUAUUUCAUUAAAAAAUGAUUUAUAUUAAGA